ACAAGGUUUUAACAGCCUGGUCAACUGCACUUAUUCGAUAGGACCUAGGUAGGCGGCUGAAAUUUCCCAUAUGACCAUAAAAAUAUUUAUAUUAAUCGUGCUGACAUGACAGUGAUAAUUUCCGUGUUCCGAGGUUCAGUAUAGGAGGUCUGGUUACUACGAAAUUUGAAACCGCUGGUCUUUUGCAAGCCCUGAGAGUCUCAUAGCAACGGAAAAACCAAUCAGAGAGUGCAACAGUUGCUAUCCGACAUAAACUAAACGACGUAAGUAAUAUGGCCUCCAAAGAGCGGUGAAUCUCAAGGCGUGAACAGUAUUUUUUCAACUCUAUUCUCUUCUAAAAGGAGCCUAGAGGGAUCUGUUAUGGCCGAUAAUGAACUAGGGGGUGAAAUCAGUGACAAUGAGAGCGAUCUGAGUCUUCACGGAGAGAGCGAAUGUGAGGGUGAAGACAGCGGUGGCGAAGAUGUUCGGGAGCCCGUCACUGGAACGACACCAGACGAUCGAACAGCUACUCCCAAGAAAUCAAAAGCUAAAAAGAAGAAGAAAAAGUGGAUGAACGUGUGCUUGACAAACUGCAAGUAUGAUAGUGUUCGUAGGGUAACGAAACGAUUCGGCAUGAAAGAAGUCGGCGAGGAUGAAGAUUGGGCUUUGUUCUGGACAGAUUGCUCUGUUGCUUUGGAACGUUGUAUGGACAUGAAACGGUACCAGAAAAUAAACCAUUUUCCCGGUAUGAGUGAGAUUUGCCGCAAGGAUCUUUUGGCAAGGAACAUGAACCGUUUAUGGAAACAGUUUCCCAAGGAGUAUGCUGUGUUUCCUAAGACAUGGUGCUUGCCAGCAGAUUAUGGAGAAUUACAAGCAUACUGUCGACAGAAGAAGAAUAAAACAUUUAUUCUCAAACCAGAUAGUGGUAGCCAGGGAAAGGGUAUUUUCCUGACCAAGAAUCCAAAGGAUAUUAAGCCAGGUGAACACAUGGUUUGUCAGCAGUAUGUCUCCAAACCCUUUCUUAUCGAUGGAUUUAAGUUUGAUCUGAGGGUGUAUGUGCUGGUUACAUCUUGUGAUCCUCUCAGAAUAUUUGUUUAUGAAGAUGGUUUGGGAAGAUUUGCUACCCUAAAGUACAUGGAACCAAGUAACCACAAUGUGGAUGACACUUGCAUGCAUCUUACAAACUAUGCUGUAAACAAACACAGCAAAGAUUUCAUAAGAGAUGAAGAAACUGGGAGUAAAAGACGGAUAACAACAGUAAAUAGGUGGUUUACAGACAAUGGUUAUGAUGUUAAAGAAAUCUGGUCAUCAAUAGAGGAUGCUAUUAUUAAAACCUUGAUCACAGCACAUCCAAUACUGAAACACAACUACAGGACCUGUUUUCCAAACCACAACAAAGGCAGUGCUUGUUUUGAAAUCCUAGGCUUUGAUAUUCUGCUGGAUAGAAAGUUGAAAGCUUGGGUUUUAGAGGUAAACCAUUCUCCAAGUUUUACCACUGACUCGCCCCUUGAUAAAGAAAUUAAAGAGGGACUGAUGUUGGAUGCCCUCACUCUCCUCAAUUUUGGUGCAUGUGAUCGCCGCAAGAUACUUGAGGAAGACAAAAAGAGAGUACGGGACAGACUUCUACAGAAACAAAGACCUAAAGAAAACAAGAAAGACGAUUUUGAUAACCAAUCACAGUACACUGAGUGGUUGAAGAAGUACGAAGAUAGUCACAUGGGUAAAUACAGACGCAUUUACCCUGAAGGAAAUGAAGAAAAAUAUGCGGUUUACUUUGAGAACAGUUGUUCCUUGUUCCAAGAGACAACAGCCUCCAAGGCUCGUAUAGAGUGUUCUAGAGUUCAACGUGAACAAAUCAUGGCCAAACAACAAGAAAUGGAGAAUGCGAGGCUCAAAAACAGUGGGAGGGCUCCCAAAGGAUCCAAAGAUGGUCUUAGGCCAGAGAGUCCUCAGAGUCGAAAGCCAAGGAGGCCCCCAGUCAGGAAGAUGGUCCAAACUGGUAAAGCAAGAUUUGAGGUCGGUAGAAGAACCGUCCAGGAGCAAACGGACACCACCAAACCAACGUUGAUAUCGGAGGAAGAAGAACUGGAGAGAAUCACUUGUCUCAUUCAGCGGGAUAAUCUGAUAAGGGGACUGGGCGUGGUCGAGUUUGUGUACAAGCUGUUACACUGUACACCCGGAACUGGGGGACCACAGAAAAACUGCUCCUUACACCACUCGAACACUAAAAAAGAUCCAUCGUCCAAAGGUAGCUCUGUUGGCGGCCGUGAGAUAGGAGGUGGCCUGGAAGACAGACACUCGGCCAUGUAUGGCUCUAUGGGAUUGCUAUCAGCAUCUGGAGGAGUAACCGCUGUUAACAAUACAGUCGCAGCUCAGUUGUCUCGGUUCCAGGCUUAUCAACCCGUCUCUCUGUCUGCUGUAAUGAGCUUCAACUCCAUCAAUCAACAAGCGCCUCCGACUUUGACACGAAACGAUCGUCGCGCUCUAGCGUCGGUCGGCAUAGUACCAUCAGCUCCCACGGGAUUGCCUAAACACAGAUACAGCUCAAGAAAAGUUUCCACAAGUGGAAGAGCAGUUAACGGCAAUCCAGAUUACGACUGGAGAUCAGGAUCAACCACUGGGAUCGAGACCACUAGCCUUGCAUAUAGCUUGAUUGAUCCCAGACUCGAUAACCAAUCAAACGCCACCUUAAAACGUCGGACAUUGAGCGCUACAGGGCUUAAAACUUGUGGAGAUUCCAUUCAAGGGACGCGCGUGGUGAAUCCGCGCGUUUUGGCCACGGGUGGCAUGGGAGGGUCACAGACUACUCUCUCCAGUUCAGGAGGAGUGUCGCCUGGUGUUAAUGCGCAGCAGUAUAUGUGUUCGAUGUACGGGUUUCCCAAUGUGCUCAAGGUGGCGCCGCAGCCUCAAAAUGGAAUGAACUUAUCUGUGAUAUCUGGCCCAGCCCCCGUGAAUCAUCGACCAAGUCUAGCCAACAGUAGUAAAGCACCCGAACAGUCUGGCUCGCCCCACAGGUUUACAGGGUCGCCAUCAGCUCUCUUGAAGUCAACUAAAGCCCAAAGAGCCCGCGGAGCUACCAACAAUAUGCGCCUGAAGCAACUUGAACUUCGUGAAAAUCACGCAGUAGCCUUGAGCUAAUGCAACGGGGGAGCAGUUACAGUCCACCUGGCAAGUAACAAAGAGAAAAGGGCUUGGAUUCAACGUGUAUGACGUGAAAGAACUACAGGAAUAAAACCAUGUCCAUAGAUCACCAAAAUUAGUGCUCCGUACUAUAUGAGAAAUGUGAAAAUGAAAAAUUUAAGCGCUCCAUUUGAGGAUUCGACGUUUUCUAUUUUGUAUCAUAGUUAAGAGAGCGAACUAUGUUUGUAUCCAUACGUUCAUAUUGUAGUUAGUGUAGAACGUAUAUAAUUUAUAGUAGUUUAGUGUGGAGUUUAGGCAAUUAUAAAAACUUUGUUUGCGGAAAUUACGACGGUUUUAAGGCCAUUGUAUAUAGUUUUAUAAUAUAAACAGAUUUCUUAUUUGGCGGCGUGGUAUUUUGCUUAAAAAUGAAUGACAAAUCUCCGUUCAGGGCUACAGACAUUUUCUAAAGAGCAAUGUUUGAAAUCUAAAUGUAUUUGUACAGAGAACUAAAAGAUUGAUGGAUGGUGGAAAUAACGUUUAGAUUUUGAUUAAAGAGUGUAAAUAAACGUUCUUAUCAGAAUA